UCGUGCUCAUCCUCGCCCAGAUCGGGACUGGCAGCUUCAACCGAGAGGAAAAUGAUUCUCCAAUUCAUCGUCGUCUCCCUGUCCUUGGCUCCGGCUUGGCCGAAGGAAAUCCCGGCAUCUCCCGACACCGGAGACAGGGAUGUCUUGAGCAACGAGGCGGGAUUGGGGGAAGGGCAGGUGAGGAUGGGAGGAGGAGGUGCGGAGACCCGGGUGGAAGGCUGGGGCUACGAGACGGUGCGGGGAACCAGCCAGCCCGUCUCCUCCGUCCGCACCACCGCCUCCCAUUCCUCCCGCAGACCGACGACUAUCACCAGUGCACGCGGACUCUUCCGAUCACCACCGGUCAGGAACUGGUGCGCGUUCGUGAAGUCCAGGUUGUCCACCUCUGUGAUUUCGUGCGGAGUGGAGCGUUUUGUCCAGAGGCCCAUGGAGCCCUGCGGUAAUGGAAUGGGCAGCUGCCAACAGGCUGUGUACCAGCUGGCUCUGAAACCCAUGUACAAAGUGAAGCAGAUGAUCAUCACUGCCCUGGAGUGGAGGUGUUGCCCUGGCCACAUGGGAGCCAACUGUGAAGAUACAGUUCCCACGGCAACAUCGCUGGGCCAUGCACCGGUGAGCGGGCAAGUGACUGAAGAGGUUGUCGAUCCAACGGGACCUGCCGUGUCCACGGGCCGGCGACUGCACCAGGAGCUGCUUCAGCAGCAGGAUCAGGUCGCCGCAAUGGCUGGCUUCCCCCGCAACCUCCACCACCUACUGAGCAAGCUGAAGAAAAGGAACCACUCGAGAGAUGAGGAAGAGGACAGCAGAACAGAAUUACCAGCCCUCGAGGACAUGGUAAAGACUUACGUUGAAGGCUUCUUGCGACAGCAUCUGCAUUCAGUGUGGGUGAGCUUCAAUGAAAGCCUACAGGUCCUGUCCGACAAGGUCUUCAACUUAUCACACGACGUAGAGACCGACAGGCGAAAGCACGGCCAGCUCUCGCAACGCCAAACGGAACUCGAGGAAUUGGGCACCAAGUUAAAGCUGAAACUCGAUGAAAACAGCGAACAGCUACGGAAAAUGGAAGACAAGUUGACAGGCCAACAAUGGGAAAUUGACAAGGAACUGCAUGCUCACAGAGUUACCCUCAACCACAACAUGACAAUUAUAAAGACCGAGACAGACCUAAAGAUCAAACGCAGUCAAAAGAUGAUCCAGAUGAAAUCGCAUCUUCUAGAUAACACCACAGCUGAAUUGAGGAAAGACCAGGAUAGACUCUGGCUGGAAAUAUUCACUUUAAAUGAAAGUAUCGCAAAGGCUGCUGAACUCCAAGGGCCAAAACCAUGUCCAGCGUGCAACUCGAAGGCAGUGCACCAAGACGUGGGAAUGACAAAAGAGGUCUUGGAUAAACUGAGCAUCGCUCUUCAGAUUCAUUCAAGCAAUCUAACUAAUGUAACGUGUGGAAUGUGUGCUCCGUCAUCCAAGCAGGUUGCUGCGUUUCAACACAAGCUGGAGAAGCAGGAGGCAAACUGUGCCCAAUUGGUGGCUGGACUGGAGAGAGAGAUGAAUCAAAAAUUGAAUGAGACCCGCCAAGGGUUUAUGGAAGCUAUUUUGGGGCUGAAUGUGUCCUUUACCCAUCAAAGAUCAAGGCAGAGUGAACAUAUUUCUAGACUCGACAACAAAGUAAAAGAGUUGAGCCAGCUGUUGUACGGUGUGCCGGAGGAUGAGCAGCUUUGCGACUGUCAGAAACUACUCGUGGAUUAUAGCUUGGUCCUCGAUAACCUGAGAAAUGCCAGUGACUUUAUGGACAAAAUGCACUUCGAUCUGACCUACGUCAAGCAGCAAGAGCUCGAACUCAGCAACAACUUGAAUGAUUCAGUGCAGGAUCUCUUCAUGGCCCUGCAACAAAUCCGUCAACAAAUCCAGGGCUUCCAGUACCUGCUGGAUUCAAAGCACAGCAUUUUAACGGAAGACAUCUUCAAACUCCAGAAGAAUUCCUCAAUGAUUAUGGAAGACAUUGGCAACCUGGAAAAAUUUGAUGGCAUCAUGGACUCCCGCAUGAAGUAUCUAAACAGCUCAUUCAAUUCCCUUUUGGAGGAUGCAUUGAGGCACACUGUAAUCCUGGAAAGUUUGUUGGAACAAGACAUCUUGGAGAUUACAUCGGAGGGUGAGACCAAACCCCAGCUGCUUUCCAUGAAUACUUUGUAUCAAGUCCUAAAUGAAACAGAGAACGAACUUGCGGAUCAGAAAAUGAUUUUGGAAAGCAUCAACUUCAAGUUGCAGCUGCUUGAAGGAACAAGAGACUUGACUGGGGCUGAAGAAGCAGAAAGCUCUUCAGAAAUAGAUGGUACAGAUGGUCGUAAACUCAUGGAACUGGAGCACGAGGCAAUAGAAGAGAAACAGAAUGGUUUACAAUCCAACACCAGCAAAAUAUCAUUCAGAGAAAAAGAUAUUGAGAUGUUGAAUUUGAGACUGAUUACAUUGGAAUCCCAGUGUAAUUACAUGGACAAUUACUACAAUAGGAGCUUGGGGCAAAUGAAGGAACGGUUCACAAAGUCCGUGGAGGCUCUGGAGUUUGAUGUAUCAUCUCUGAAACAGUUUCUGGAUGGUCACGUCACAGAGUUUCACAGAUUCACUGGCCACACAGACAGGGUUUCUAACGGGACAUCCCGUACAGGGCGAGGUGGCUUGGGCUUAAAGCGAAUGAGAAAACACCACAGGGAAGGUCACCACACCAACAAGCACCUGGGGGAUUACAGAAAUGCUUCGACUUUAAACCAUGACAAGAGCACUCCAACUGUGCAGGAAUUCCUGGCUGCAUUUUUCGUGGGACUGUCCAACGCUUCUGAGUCUACCAAGAUAUUGAAAUUUGACCAGAUACUUCUGAACUACGGUGAUUGCUAUUCACAGGAAAAGGGUCAUUUCAAAGCUCCCCUCAAAGGGGUCUACAUGUUUGUGGUGACUGUGGAGUUUGGCCAGGUGCCCGGUCUUGGUUUUCUUUUGGUUGAUGGCAAGCGUACAUUUACUCUCCAGAGGAGCAUACACAAGCAGCAGCAGCAGCAGCAGCAGCAGGGCAGCUGGGUCUGGGGCUACACCUUGGUGGAGCUCCACAAAGGACAGCAUGUGUGGGUAGAGGUGACCCAAGGUCUUGUCAUUCAACGCACUCCUCCAGAGACAACAUUUGGAGGGUUUCUUUUAUUUAAAACAUAAGAUUAUUCUCCCAGUCCAGAAAAUGACAUUCAAUAGAAGUCACUGUUGGAGGCUUCCACUUCAGAAACUACAGCCUUCAGCUCACUAGACUUGGUCAGGUCUUGGGAGACAAAAGUAGUCCAAGGUUGCACAUUUUCACUGUCCUACAAAUUCAUCGGCUCACAUUUCCAAGAGGGACAGCAGAUGAGAUGAGAUAGAGUCAUAGAGUCUUACAGUGAGGAAACGGGCCCUUCGUCCCACCUUGCCCCAUCUACAUUGGUUCCACCUAGCCGCAUGUGGCCCAUAUCCCUCCACACCUGUCCUAUCCAUGUACCUGUCCAAAGAUUUCUUAAACGUUGCAAUAGUACCUGCAUGUUACACAAAUAUGGAUAAUUGCAGUAAUAAAAAGUGAAUUCUAUUCACACAGCUUAAUAGCAGCACAAAAAUCCAAACUACACGAGUGUGGUUUGCUUUUACUAUCAAUGUGUGAUAUAGAUAAAUUAUACACAAGAACAUUUUAGUUUCUAGGUCACCGAACUCUGGGUGUAAGUUAGUAAGAUUCCCUCCUAUUCUCUGUACUCAUAAACACUUCCAAUUACUAGCCAUCAGCGAAUCUGAUCAAUGCACCCAUUUCUCUCAGGCCAUGUAAUAGGAACAGAAUAAGGCCAUUCGGCCCAUCAAGUCCACUCCGCCAUUCAACCAUGGCUGAUCUAUCCCUCCCUCCUAACCUAAUUCUCCCCAUAACUCCAGACAGCCAUACUAAUCAUCUAUCUAUCUCUGCCGUUAAAAUAUCCAUUGGCGGCCUCCACAGCCUUCUGUGGCAAUAAAUUCCACCAGAUUCACCACCCUCUGACUAAAGACAUUCCUCCUCAUCUUCUUCCUAAAGGAAUGUCCUUUAAUUCUGAGGCUAUGACCUCUAGUCCUAGACUCUCCCACUAGUGGAAACAUCCUCUCCACAUCCAUUCUGUCCAAGCCUUUCACUAUUCGGUAAGUUUCAAAGAGGUCCUCCCUCAUCCUUCUAAACUCCAGCGAGUACAGGCCCAGUGGUAUCAAACACUUCCUAAUCACUUGCAUUACAUUCUAACAAGGAAUCAAAAGCAUUUAUUUGAAGCACACUGAAGCAGGAAAUGUUAGAUAUAUUGCCAGACUAAGAAAAUGAUUUGCGGCUUGACCCAACAUUCACCUUCCCUCGGUUAACCACUCCUGAUUUAGCUAAAUGUGCCUCUUUUAUUCCUGCCUCUCCCAGAUAUUUGUGCAACCGAGCGGAGAAGCAAUUUGGGAGUUGGGCAAUAUUGGGAGUAUGGAGCUUGUAGAUUGAAUGGUUGAUUCCUCCUUCAUAACAAGGAUGUCGUGGUCUCCGACUAUCUUGUGGAUGAAGAAUUUAGUGUUACUCACAAGCCAGGCCUGCAAUCAGCACUACAUUCCAGCGAGACCAACCUUGGGCACAUUCAAUGAGAAAGGACAGUGAAUUCAAUCUGAAGAACAAGUUCAGCAAGAUAAAAUAAUAUCGCUGAGUGGGGGAGGGUCUCCUUCAAGGAUUUAAUAAUAAACUGACUUUUUUUUUUAAAGUCGGUUAAAAUUCCAAUGUGUAGUUAAACAAGUUCAACAGAACAGUCUGAAAAAUAUUAUAGGAGCUGGCAAGUAAAACG